GUUCUCCCUAUCCUCUACAACACAUUCGCAACCCUCGCCUCUCUCUCCCGCAUAAAGCGCAUGCUCCGGCGAAGUCGCCUCACCGCGCUGACACGUAGUGAUGUCGUGAAUCGCGUCAUCGAGAUUGAAUUGCCGCGGUAUGCCGUCAUGCCCUUAGAUAGAUUCCAGAACAGAUCCGAGUACUGGACGCUGUCGCGCCAUCCCAGCUCAAUUCCCGGUGGCAGCUGGACAACGUUCAAUUGGAAAACGAAUGCAAUCGGUAUGAAGACUCAGCGCGUCGAGUAUGCCGAUCAGGUGCGCCAACCUCAGGUCGAGGUCGCGUUUACCGAACUAGUUUCCUAUCUUCUAGAUCUCGGUGCUGUCCCAGAUCCUCAUGGCUGGAAACUGUUGAGAUCAACGGGACUGUGGGCGCCUGUGGGCUGCUCUUUGAUGAUGUCGCCCGACGGCAGAGAAAAGGCUCUUACCAUUGCCCCAUUGGACGACUCGGAUGGACAUCUGUCUCUUGCUGUGGCCUGGUCUAGCUCUUGGAUCACUCGAGAUCACGCCCAUCUCCCACCGUACUGGGUUCGAUUACCAUCACCAGCCGGCAAAUCAAGUGAACCAGCUCUUUUUAGUGAGAAGAAGAGUGAGAAAAAGGGCGAGAAAAAGGUACAUGAAGCAGAUGAGGAUCAGGUUCACAGCGGGAGCGCCAGCGAAGCACCAAGUCACGACGACACCAGCUCCAUUGAGCAACAAGUUCAUGCAAACGUAAAAAACGAUAUCACUUGCGAGAUAUCCCUAUCUGGGCUUGUCACAGCAUUGGUCCAGGGAGACCUCAACAGCAAUAUUACGCCGGAGACCCUCUACAUCGAACAUCUCCGCAUACAGUCCCGAAAGUCGAAUGGUGUAUGGUUUGCGAGCGCCGCUACAGCGUAUGGUACCUCCAGCCAGACAAUCCUCUGGAACUACAAAAUCCCGGAUGAUAUCUUGUCAUUUUCCAGAAAAGAGACGGUGCCAUGUGGCGUCUUGGUGUUGCUCGGCAUGGUGGAUGAGUCGGAGACACCCGAGUGGGCUACAAAGCACAAUGACUACGGCGCUUCUCUUGAUCAGUUCACCCAGAGAACCAGAGAGCAGCGCCACGCGAUGGAGGCGGAAUCUAGAAUGGCCCCAGCUCAGCGUGAACAAGCAGUCAAGGACAGAAUGCGCAGAGAGUCGGAGCAGCGGAUGCAGGACUUGCGAGACAAAAUGAGGACGGAGCAACAUCGCCGUGACCAGCGGGCCAUGGAAGCUCUGCAAAGUCCUAAAUGGGAUACAAAGCUCGUUGCUGAUUAUUGCUUAACUUGGUUAAAAGCUCGCAAUAUUUGGAACGAAUCCCUGUCCAUUAAAGAAAUUGUUGGCCUCAUGUUGCAUCGCAUGGUUCGCGAUGGAGAAUUCACCUCUACUAUUUGCAAGAUGUUGGACGCUUGGAAGGCGUGGGCGGAUAUGGGAGGCAUGAGAAAGUCCGACUAUCAGAACAUCCAAGAGAAUCAAUCGACAUUUGCUGAAGCAACUUUAUUGAUUGCUUUGAUCAAAGACACGUCUGAUGCGUUGGAGGGGACUUUGGCAAUGGACUUGCAGGAAUGUUUGCGAAUGUGGCACAAAGUGCGGCUUGGGUAG